GGUUUCUAUUUGGUCAAAGUUUGGUGUUACGUUUCAGCAGUUGGCUACACUGCGUCAACACUUCAACGGACGAAAUGUUUGAACUUUAGUGGCUGCAUGAUUUUUUGCCUUGAAUGUUUUCAUCCGAUAAUUUUGUGAAACAAAGUUUAUUUAAACACAAUCUUAUUGUUUUAAAGUAUAAUAUAUACACGAACGAAAAUGCUGUGACAGCUUGUUUUUCAAUUUUUAUAAAUUAUGUGUCAUGAUUUCGUGAAAUGUCACCUUGUUAUUGUUUGGAGUUUUGUCCUUCGUGUACCCCAGUGAUUUAUUCCAGUUUGUAACGAGAAAGUGUAGUACACAUUGUGACAAUAUCUAUAUCUUGUUUUUUUAAGGAGCUACUGAUCUAUUUAUAUUACUUAAUUUUAUUAAAGAUGUAUCAGUAAAAUAAAGUACAACGUGAGAACUUACUCCGAAUUUGCCUACCGACUUGCAUAGGAUGUCUAAUCACGAGAAUGAUCUAUUGUGUAAUAUAAAAAACAAAGUAGAAGGGUGGAAAAGGUAUAAUCAGCAUGAAAAUAUAAAAAUGUAUCCUGAUAAGGAAGUACAGGCAUCUAUAAGCGAAUCACAAGACUUUUGUUUGAAGUUAUCUCAGGAUUCUGCUAUAUCCGAUUCACAAGAUGUAGUCAUAAAUGAUUUGAAAAACACUAUAGUGAUAAGUGACUCUAGUUCUGAAUGUUCUAGUCCUAAAUGUUCUUCUAACUUAAAAUAUAAAUCCAAAAACCAUUUUAACUCACAACAGGAAGUAUGUAUUGUGCAUACUUCUGAUUCUGAUUCCUCUGAUACUCAAGAAAAAGAAUACCUUGAAUCAUGGAGAAAGAAUGAGAAACCUAAUUUUAUUGCCAAUAAUAAAAAUAGAAUUAAUAUUACAAGAAAACAUAAUGCAUUAUUCACAUCUGACGAUGAUAAUUCAAUCAGCAAUAGUGAGCAAAGUGAACAAUGUAUUGAAAGCUCUAUUAAAACUAAAAGUACUUAUUUUAGUUAUAGUCCAGACUCUAAUGUUAGAGUUACAUCAAAAUCCAAUACUCAAUUGCACAUAAAGACAGUAAAUAAAAGAAAUUUAUUAUUGCAAAAUGCUGGUAGUAGUGUCGGCUCCAAGAGUUCAAAAAGCACUAACCAGGCCUCUAAAGCUUUAUCUAGUAAGUGUCAAAGUGAUGGUAAAAAGAAACUUACACAAAAAGAUGCUCAAAAUAUUAUGAAAACUAUAAAAUCAACAAGAAUAAUUUACGAAUCGCCAAGAAGAGAGAAUAAUGUAAUAAUCAAUGAAAGUAUUGACAGUGGCAUGCACCCAGCCAUUUCACUCAAAAACAAUUUGAAAAAAACUAAUAUAAUUAUCGAUGAAACCCUAAAUUCUGAAAGUGAUGUUAUUUCAGACACCCAAAGAAAUUCAACCAAUUUGUAUAAAAAUCAUGUUAAUAAAUAUUUUAAUGCUUCACAUGUAGAUAAGAAUGUAGACACAAUGUGCACUGCAUUAUCAGACAGGAAAAAGAAACAAAUAUCAGAGUGGUUGAUGACGAAUUCUCCUGAUUCAAAAAGUGAUACUUCCUUCAGUAUGGUACCUGCUAGUAAUAAGAAUGAUAUAAGUUCUGGAAAUAGUAGUCUAGAAAGAUUAGAAAUGAAUUACGAAACUCCAAAUAACAGAGAAAAAAUACGUCAAACGUUAGCGAAUGAAAAACGAGUAAUAAAUGAAGAGAACAAUAAAAUAAUUGAAUCUCCGGCAAUACGACAAACUACGAUUCUUGACUAUACAAAACGAUCGAAAAAUAAUGCCCUUGAACUUCGUACAUUAAAUAAUCGCACUAACAAUAAUGGGAUUUCCACUCCCACAACAAAUAAACCACAGAAUGUAGAUGUUACAGACUGUGCUGAUAUAUUGGAUAAAUUGUAUGGUAAAUCAUGGAGGGAAAAGGCAGGUGUACUGUUUCCAAUAUCUGAACCACGAAAGCAAAUAGUUCCUACAAAAAGCAGAGCUGUUCAAACUGAAAGAAAAAUAAAAAACAAACAAAAGAUUUAUACAUCAGAAUCAGAAGAUGAAAGUCCAUCCAGAGAAGAUUUGAAAUCUCGAAAAUGUAUAAUGAAAAAGAAUGCUCCUACAAAUGUUAAGCAAAAAGAUAGUUUUAUUAACGAUGAAAUAUUAUCAGAAAGUGAAUGUGAAAGUUCGUACUACACUGCACUCACAAAUCCAAGAACAUCGACAAAUAGCACAAAACGUAAACCAAAACUUCCAUCAACUAUAAAAAAAGCUAUUGCAAUAUGUGAUUCAGAUACUGAAGAUGAAGAUAACAAUCAUAAUCAAGCACAGGAUUUAAGGAGAAAAAAAUUGUGUUUUAGUGCAGAUGAUAGUGAUGGAUCAAGUACUAGCGAAUUUGAUCCUGGUGAUGACAUACCAAUAAAAUCUAAAACUAGAAAAGAUCUUAUUAAAAUAUCACGGCAAAUACCUAAAACAUAUACUGCAAUUAAACCAACGUCUGACAUUCGAAAAUAUGAGAAAAAUGAAAGCUUUCUAGCAUCUUUAUCUGAAAAUGUUCCUCUUGCCAAUGCACAUCCAGAUGCUAAAAAAUAUAGAACAAAUUAUAAAAACAAUAAAGAAGAUUUGAGCAAAUAUUUAUAUAAAUUAUACAAUGAUAAAGUGUUUGAUACACAACUACCAAAGGACCUGAGCAUUGAAUGGAACGUCCGUAUGAGAGGAACGGCCGGUUAUUGCUAUAACAAGAAGUCUGUGAGAACACUUGGAGGAGUCAUGAGAUCAUCAAGGAUAGUUCUAUCGACGAAGGUUUUAGAUACACCAGAUAGACUUCGAGACACUUUAAUUCAUGAAAUGUGUCAUGCAGCAGCAUGGUUGAUAAACAGUGUGUCUGAUGGACAUGGUCCUUUUUGGACAGGAUGGGCUAAUAAGGCCAUGAAGACAUUUCCUGAGUUACCACCAAUUCGAAGGUGCCAUGACUAUAAAAUCAAAACUAAAUUUACAUAUAAAUGUGUUGGCUGCGGAUACAGUAUUGGUAGACAUUCUAAGUCUUUGGAUAUUGAGAAAAAACGAUGUGGCCAUUGUUACGGUAAAUUUGAAUUACUACUGAAUAAAACUACGAAAUCUGGAACUGUACAAGUACAAACGCCCAAGAGAGAAAUCAAUGGAUUCGCACUUUAUGUGAAAGAAAAUUACAAUACUAUAAAGAAAAAGCGUAAUAUAAGGCAUGCAGAAGUGAUGAAGAUUUUAGGUCAGCAAUUUUCAGCAGUUAAAAUUGCAAAGCAACAGGGAAAUCUUGAAAAUGAUCCAAAUACCCCUGGUUAAGUUAGUUUUAGAAGUUAUACUGAGCAUUAUUUUCAAAGGCUCUUAAUUUUAUACAUAGACUGUGCAUUUUUAAUGUUUACGGGUAUUACUCGAGCACCCUUAUUUUACCUAAAUAUUUUAUAAUUGUCAGAACUGACCAGAUCUUACCAUUGCAGGCAUUGGAAUGUGAGUUUUGGAAUGAAAUUUUAAUUAUACAC